UUGAGUGGAGCGCGCUAGACCCAGCCUUGCUUGCUUCACUAUUUGCACUGUGCCAUUCUUUUGUAAAAGCCUCAAUACUUUGACAAGUUAUUGCCUUUCCAUAUACACAAGCAACUAUGCCUAAAGUUUCAAAGAAAGACCCAAACAAGCCGAAGGGGGCAAAAAGUGCUUACAACUUUUUUCUUCAGGAUCAGAGGGAAAAGCUACAAAGAGAAGAAGGGAAAUUUUCACUGGCAGACUUCUCAAAAGUUUCAGCCGAAAAAUGGAAAAACAUGAGCGAGGAAGAAAAAGAGACGUUCGUCCAGAAAGCGGGAAAGGACAAGGAAAGAUUCAAAGAAGAGAUGCAAAGCUACACCCCUCCGCCAUCAGAAGAGUCAGGAAAAAAGAAAAGAAAGAAGCAAACUAAGGACCCAAAUAAACCAAAAAGAUGUCUAUCAGCAUACUUCCAUUUUAUCAAUCUCAAGCGUGAUGAUGUCAAGAAAGAUAACCCUAACGCCAGUGGAGGCGCUCUUUCAAAAGUCCUAGGGGAGAUGUGGUCUAAAAUGACAGAUGAUGACAAGACGCAAUACCAAGACAUGGCAAAAAAAGACAAAGUCAGAUACGAGUCUGAGAUGAAAGCCUUUAAAGCUGGUAAACUUCCAGCAAAACACAAUAAAACAAAAGAAGUAGAGGAAGAUGAAGAAGUAGAAGCCUAGACUGUAUCAAGCGCAUUGACUCUGUUCAGAUCUCCGUUAAACGAUAGUAGGACAGAAUAAAGAGAACAAUUUGCAUUUCAUCUACUUUGUGUAUGAAUGCAGAACACUUAAUAGUAAAGAUCUUAGUAACAUAACCUCCUAUUGACCUCCUGCGUCACCCUACUUUAUGUACAGAUGAUAUUUUUAUGGAUUUAUUACAAAGGUUAUUAAAAUAUGAGAGAUAUCCAUAUUAA